GUUGUUUCCAGGCAAUUAACCCGGGUCCCACCAACAAAUGGAAAGCUUUGAAGGCAGCCCUCCUUUCGCCAAGGGAAAAAAAUAGAAAAUAAGAAAAAGAUGCGAACGACUCUAGCAACACGAUGGAUGCUUAUCUAGUCCGUUGACUAGAUCUGUCUGUUUCCCUGCCUGUUUGGGAACUCAUCACAACAUAAACAUUGAACCUGAUCUGAGGGAGGAUAAGAUAUACCAUCGAUCAGAUCUCAUUAAUUGUGAGAUGGCGCAAAGCAUAGUCUCAACUGUUGUGGGAAAACUAGGCGAGCUUCUGAUCAAAGAAGUGAACUUCCUCCAAGGAGUAGCUGAGGAGUUGACAUCCCUGCAGAGUGAGUUCCAAUGGUUUCAGGCCUUCCUCAAAGAUGCUGAUGCUACUAUCCAAGGAGGCAACGAGAGGGCCAAGACUUGGGUGAACCAGGUGCGAGAUGUUGCUUAUGACGCUGAGGACAUCAUCGACACUUACAUCUUCAAGAUUCAUCAACACCGCCGAGGAUCCCAUGGAUGCUUGUUCUCUUCGUUAAUGACAACAUAUGCUUGUCAUCCUUCCAGACUAACAAUCCUCCAUGACCUUGGCAAUGAGAUUGUCAAGGUCAAGAGGAGAGCUGAGGAGAUCUCUGCUAAUCGAUCCAAGUAUGGCAUCGAUAGCGUUGGUGCUACUACUUCUUCCUGCUCAUUGACGUCCAAUGAAACAAGACUACCUUUGAGCUGGAAGCAGACUCCGGUUGUGGAGGAAGUUGAUGUCGUUGGCUUUGAUGAUGUCAAGAAAUUGGUACAACUGUUACUGGUGGAAGAUGAAGGUACACAAGAUACACAGCGACGGAGACCUGUGAUAUCAAUCGUGGGCAUGGGAGGCUUGGGCAAGACCACUCUUGCCAAAAAGGUUUUCUCUAACCCCACAAUCAAGCAGCAUUUUGCUUGUCAUGCCUGGGUCUAUGUCUCUCAAGCUUAUACAGAUCGAGAGCUUGUGGAGUCCAUCGCUAAGCAACUCAUGGUCGUUGACGAAGUGAGGAUGAAUAAGUUGAAGGAUGAUGAGCUGAAGAAGAUGGUUUAUGAGCACUUGAAAGAAAGGAAAUACUUGGUGGUGACUGAUGAUGUAUGGACCCGAAGAGCUUGGGACAACAUCAAAGAGGUGCUGCCUGCAGAGAUGUUGAAUGGAAGUAAGGUGUUGCUAACUACUCGUAACAGAGAAGUUGCAUUGCAUGCAGAUAGACAGAUCCCUCCUUUUGAUCUCAAGCUCUUGGGAGAAGAAGAGAGUUGGGAGUUGUUCUGCAAGAAGGCAAUUCCAACAAAGUGCAGCAAGCAUUGUCCUCCAAAAUUGGAGACAAUAGGAAGGCAGAUGGUGGAAAAAUGCGGUGGCUUGCCUCUUGCUAUCGUUGUGUUGGGAGGUCUAGCAAUGAGGAAAGAGCAGUCUGAAGAGGAAUGGAGAAAGUUGCUCAAGAGUGUGAGUUGGCAACUAAGAGAAGGUGAAGACCAGAUCUCCAAAAUAUUAUCUCUUAGCUACCACAAUCUUCCCUACUACAUGAAGCCCUGCUUUCUCUACUUUGCAAUGUUCCCUGAGGAUUCUCUCAUUGAUGCGGAAGAUCUAAUGCUAAAGUGGAUAGCAGAAGGGUUUAUAGAAGCCAGAGGUGAAGAAACAAUGGAGGAAGUCGCAGAGGAAUACUUGGAGGAGUUAGUGCAUAGGAGUCUGAUUCAAGUGGUGGUGAGAAAUCUAUGGGGAGUUAUCACUGCUUGUCGAAUCCAUGAUCUUCUUCUUGACUUGGCCAUCUCUGAAGCCAAAGGUACGAACUUUCUCCUUGUUACUGAGACCAAUAAUAAUAAUAAUAAUAAUGAGGGGAGUAUUAUUACUUUGCAAAAGACUCGUCGACUUGCUCUCCAUGGUGACGAGAGUUGGGAUAUAGGUCAGCAAUAUCCAACUGACUCUACUCGAAGCCUACGGACUGUAACUCUCUUUGGUUCAGAUGUAUGGAGAUCAAACCUAGUUUCUUUAUGUGACAAAUUUUUAACAGCAAUAGUGAGGCAUUUUGUGCUUGGGGGGGUUCUAUAUGAUUAUGUAGAUCAUAAUCAUCCCGGGCUAUUUAUGAGUUUCCAAAUACCCCAAAUUCUAAUCAGCAUGAAGCUGAUUAGGGUCAUAGAUCUCCGCAAUCUAGAAAUAAUUGUACCUGAUGCUAUUGGGGAGCUGAUUCAUUUAAGGUACUUGAAUGUACGUGUUGUACGAUCCAAGCCGCUUCCAUCUUCUAUCGGUGAACUCACCAAUUUGCAGACACUUGAAUUUGGGAACAAGUAUUCUAACAUCGAGUUACCAAGUGAAAUAUGGAAAAGUAAUUUGAGGCAUCUUAAAUGUGUGAGAUGGUCAUUUUCAAUCAAGGGACAACCAUCAGUUAACAGCCUGUCAAAUCUUCGAACUCUUUCAAGCAUUGAGGCAGGAAAAUGGCUAUAUAAGGGAUUAGAUAAGAUGACCAAUUUGAGGAACUUGAGCAUUGGUGAUAUUAACAACUCUCAUGGAAAACCGUUAAUAGAUUUUCUUGGUAAACUAAACAAUCUCAUUGAAUUGAAGUUAAUGGCAAAGUAUCCAUCAUAUGAACAUCAAAUACCAACCUCAAUACUUACGGCCUCCCAUCAUAAGCAUCUCCGAUGUGUUUAUUUGAAAGCAAAAUUAGAAAGACUCCCUGAUGUCAACACUCAAUGUCUCCUGACAAACCUCAUCAAGCUUAUCUUAUCAAACUCAUUCCUUGUGGAGGAUCCACUUGUGACGUUGGGGAAACUUGAUAACCUUCAAGUUCUUGAGUUAUAUAAUGAUGCUUUUGUCGGGAAGGAGAUGGUUUGUUUGGAGAAAGGGUUUCCUCAGUUGAAGGUGUUAGUAUUUUUAAAUUUGGAAUCAUUAGAAGAGUGGAAAAUAGAUGAUGUAGCCAUGCCCAGGCUUAGGAAAUUGGUAAUUUGGAAUUGUGAGAAGUUGGUGAUGCUCCCUCAUGGCCUUGGAAGGAUUACUAGUCUACAAGAGUUGGAAGUGCGGUAUAUGCCUGUUGCGUUUUCCCAGAGAUUGAAAGAAAAUGAUGGUGAGGACUGGGAUAAGGUCCGACAUGUACCUUCUGUUAACAUACACUAAAGCACUUGAUCAUUGUUAUUAGUGUGUGUUAUUUUUUUCCAAACUUGUGUAGCAUUACAAGUCAACUCAACAUGUAAUAGAACAUGAGAUGGCUCAAUUUUUCUCCUUUCAGA